AUUUGUCAAAAAUAAUUUGCGAAACAAAAACAAACGCCAUUACGACGGCAGAAAAUUUUUGCCGGAAAAGUGAUGUUUUUGCAAUCGACGGUACGGAAAUGUUGUUUCAAACGGUGGCCAAAACGGUGAAUAAAGUGCGUGAAAUGUUUUUCAAUUGAAAAUUGCAAGUGUCCGCUGACUAGUUGGAUAAUAAAAUUUUGCAUCUGCCAAAUGGAGAAGAGAUUCGUUUCUCUGUUGAAGUGGUUUAAUGGGUUGACUGAAGAGGUUCACAAAAUCAUGAUGGGAAAGCGGCCCAGUGUAAUGUUGAAUGGUCAGAAUAUAUUAUGGUGUAAACUCAACGUCGGGAGAUGGUUGGAUGGACCCAAUAAAACAGUUAAAGUGAGAAAUCUACAUACCAUGCUUGAUCAACAACCGUCCGCUCCACCCCUGGAUCAAGUUGGCAACUACGACAUCUACUCCCAGCUGCAGAUGGUUGCCGAUAACUACACAAACUUUGUCCCACCAGCGGUUCAGCUGGAGGACUCCCAAGCUGUGAUGGGCUUUACAUUCCCACUGGCCUCCGAGAACGAUAUCGAUCGGUUGGAGAUGGCCGUGCAACAGAGCAGCCUAAUACGGGGGCAAUAUGUGCAAUUUCUUAACUUGGCAAAGCCAAUCCAGAUGACUAUCGUUCAGUCGUUUAAUAAGUUUUUCUCGGACCAUUCGAUGACCAAUUUCAGCUACUAUGGUGUCGAACGUGCCGAGUAUCCUAAGACCCCGAAAAAGUCCAUGAAAAAGUACAACGUUUUCACGGUCUGCAUGUUAGAAGCGUGGCAAUCUCACGGGAUAACCAGUAUUAGCCUAGUAGAACAGUUGAAAAAGGCAAUUUAUCACAUUAGUCGGCGACGUUAUACUCGAAAUCAGGUGCUCAAGAAGAAGAUGCGACUUCUAGAAGGGAUUUGAUCCGUUUUAUUGCAGCAUUAUUUCCAUUUUAGAAAUAAAACCCUAUUUUUGUAAACUGUGUUGUUUUUGAACAGUUUAAAGAAAAACUUUUGUGCACUAAAUGAAAGUACCUAAUCUUUGCUUUGUAAUCUGCCCAUAGCAUCACUUAUCCAUGACUCGUCUCAAACACAUCGAAUCUCGUCGAGUCGGAUGAACAACCCCGUGAAAACAUAUGGCCUACAGCGAGGGAAAGGUUUCUCUGCGGUUCCGUGGAGCGUCGAAGGAUUUCAAUUUCCCUUGCAUAAUGAGCACGAAAUCGAGAGGUUAGAAGAGGCUAUUGUCAAUGACGCGAUUCGUGAACAGUAUAUACGAUACCUUUCGGCAAAAAAGCUUCCUAAGGUGGAUCUCGUUGAAGGUUUCUCCCAAUUCUUCGCAGAUACGGCCAUGACCAACUUCAACUGGAACGGAAUUGCGAACCAUCGCUUCCCAAAGAAGGCCAUGCGGUCCUACAGUAUUUUUACCAGCUGUAUGUUGGAGGCUUGGAGCGGCGAAGGCCUUACAGAGGAAUUGCUUCAGCUAAAACUGAAACGAACCGUGGAGAAAAUCAACAAUCGACGCAACGUGCAACACUCGAAACGUCGUCGAAAGGCAAGACUGUUAAAUGCGGAAAUAAAAAAUGCUCAACAUUA